UGUUAGUUGUUGCCCAGCUGUGGCACGCUUCGGUUCAGAAAAAAUCAUACUCCUCAACCGUAAGAUUUAACAUAAAACCCCAGAGAUAAUGUCGGACUCAGAUAGCAAGCUGAUCGAUGUGGAGGCACCGGAGCCAGUGGAGCAGCAUGAGCUGCAGUUAAUGCCUGUAGGCGGCACCAUCGAGGUGCCCAGCUUGGACAGCACUCCUAAGCUAUCGAAAAGGAACAGUUCCGAGAGGAGUUUGCCCCUCAGAAGCUACAGCAAAUGGUCGCCCACGGAACAAGGUGCCACUUUAGUGUGGCGGGAUCUGUGCGUUUAUACCAAUGUCGGUGGAUCCGGGCAACGGAUGAAGCGGAUCAUCAACAACUCAACGGGGGCCAUUCAACCGGGCACUCUGAUGGCUUUAAUGGGCUCGAGUGGCUCUGGGAAAACAACACUGAUGUCGACUCUUGCAUUUCGACAGCCGGCCGGGACCGUGGUUCAAGGCGACAUUCUGAUAAACGGACGGCGCAUCGGGCCCUUCAUGCACCGCAUCAGUGGCUAUGUCUACCAGGAUGAUCUCUUCCUCGGAUCGCUGACUGUUCUCGAGCACUUGAACUUUAUGGCUCAUCUUCGCCUGGACCGUCGGGUUUCCAAAGAGGAGCGUCGUCUCAUUAUUAACGAACUUCUGGAACGAACUGGACUGCUUUCAGCAGCUCAUACUCGGAUUGGUAGUGGCGAUGACAAAAAGGUUCUUUCAGGUGGAGAACGGAAACGAUUGGCAUUUGCCGUUGAGCUGCUCAACAAUCCAGUGAUCCUGUUUUGCGAUGAACCCACCACGGGAUUGGACUCCUACAGUGCCCAGCAACUGGUGGCCACAUUGUAUGAGUUGGCCCAGAAGGGCACCACCAUCCUAUGCACCAUCCAUCAACCAAGCUCUCAGCUCUUCGAUAACUUUAACAAUGUAAUGCUGCUAGCUGACGGACGAGUUGCCUUCACAGGAUCACCCCAGCACGCCCUGAGUUUCUUCGCCAAUCAUGGUUAUUACUGCCCAGAGGCCUACAAUCCAGCUGACUUCCUCAUUGGCGUCCUGGCCACGGAUCCUGGAUAUGAACAGGCCUCGCAGAGAUCGGCUCAACAUCUCUGUGAUCAGUUUGCCGUCAGCUCGGCGGCCAAGCAGCGGGAUAUGCUUGUCAAUCUGGAGAUUCACAUGGCCCAGUCAGGCAACUUUCCAUUCGACACGGAGGUGGAGUCCUUUAGGGGUGUGGCAUGGUACAAACGUUUCCAUGUAGUUUGGCUAAGGGCAUCGUUAACUUUGCUCAGAGAUCCCACGAUUCAGUGGAUGAGGUUCAUCCAGAAGAUCGCCAUGGCUUUUAUUAUUGGAGCUUGCUUUGCCGGCACUACGGAACCUUCACAGCUGGGAGUGCAGGCGGUUCAGGGAGCCCUUUUCAUCAUGAUUUCGGAGAAUACCUACCAUCCCAUGUACUCUGUGCUCAAUCUCUUUCCCCAGGGAUUCCCGCUAUUCAUGAGGGAAACACGAUCCGGACUUUAUUCCACGGGACAAUAUUAUACGGCUAAUAUAUUGGCAUUGCUACCUGGAAUGAUAAUUGAGCCUUUGAUAUUCGUCAUAAUCUGUUACUGGCUGACGGGUCUGAGAUCCACCUUCUACGCUUUCGGAGUGACUGCCAUGUGCGUGGUCCUGGUGAUGAAUGUGGCCACAGCCUGUGGUUGCUUCUUCUCCACGGCUUUUAAUUCAGUUCCUCUGGCCAUGGCCUAUUUGGUUCCCCUGGAUUAUAUAUUCAUGAUCACCUCGGGUAUCUUUAUACAAGUGAACUCCUUACCUGUGGCCUUUUGGUGGACGCAAUUUCUUUCGUGGAUGCUUUAUGCCAAUGAGGCUAUGACCGUUGCUCAGUGGUCGGGAGUGCAGAAUAUUACCUGCUUCCAGGAGAGUGCCGACUUGCCUUGCUUUCACACAGGCCAGGAUGUGCUGGACAAAUACAGCUUCAAUGAGAGUAAUGUCUAUCGGAAUUUACUGGCCAUGGUUGGCCUAUAUUUUGGCUUCCAUUUACUGGGCUAUUAUUGCCUUUGGCGACGAGCCCGCAAGCUGUGAGGCAUCUCAGUUUUAGGUGUAAAUAAAAUAACUAAAAAACUAUGAAAUCAUUAAAUAAACAA